GACGCACUUCCCCUUGGUGAGCUCUGCCGCAACAAGACAAGCAAUCUGGCAGGCGUAGUAAGGAUCAAAGACAUUCCCUAUGGUACGACUCGCCAGGAGAUGACCGCCUUCAUUGGUCGCAAUGCUCAGAUAUUGCGGCAGCCAGAGGGCUCACCAUAUCAUGCGGUCCACAUCCUAAUGGAGCGCGAGAGUGGUAAGACUAUGGACUGCUUCAUCGAGGUCACGAACCCCAAAGAAGCUGCUUGGGUUGCACGCCAAUUCGGGCGACGUGUCGAACAGAAACGCCCGCCAAAGGUCGGCGACCGCCAGGUCGAGGUACUUUACAGUUCUCAGGAUGAGCUCAUGGUUGAGCUUUUUCCGCGCGCUAAGCACGUACGGUGGAGCAAUGGCGAGCCAGUGGUAGACAGGAGUGAACGCAAGUAUUACGAGGAUAGACCCGCCGCUGGAUUUCAAGGAUUUUUGCACCCAGAAGAGCUGGUUGCGAUGGCGAAGCACGCCAAUCUAUCCGAACGCUACCCAUGGAAGGCUGUCGAAGAGAUUACCGUUCGCGAGCGUCGCGCCAUCUACGACUGCGCAAUUGGCCUCAUGAAGACGCUGAUCACAGACCUUCGACGUGCAAAUAGCAAAUACAGCGCGCUGCUUCCAACGCCAGCUCUGCUGCAAGAGCUUGCUGUUGCCACACUUUCCUGUCCCGGGUUUACAGAAAAGCAGAAAGCAUCGAUU